AUAUACGUAAAGUGAAUGGGCAACAAUAUCCAACGUAUAAAGAUGCAUGCCUUGCACUCAGCUUGCUAGAAGAUAACAACCAGYGGGAAUGUAUGCUUGCUGAAGCAACAUUAAACUGUACAGCAAUACAAAUUCGUCUACUAUUCGCUAUAGUGUUGACUACAUGUUUUCCAGCCCGAGCAGAGAUAUUGUGGGAUAAUCACAAAGAUUUAAUGACUGAUGAUAUAUUGCAUCAACAUCGUACACGGUGUAACGAUCUAGYGAUAACAUUCAGCGACGAUAUGUACAAUAAAGCAUUGAUUGCUAUUGAGGAUCUUUGCAUUAUCAUUGCCAACUUACCACUCAGUCAUUUCGGUAUGAAUUCGCCAAAUCGAGGUGCAACUGAUUUAAUGAACACUGAAAURAAUCRUGAACURCAGUACAACACUGUAGAAAUGGCGGCAAUUUUUACUCGCAAUGUCCCACUAAUGAAUGAGGAACAAAGAACCAUUUACAACCGCAUUAUGCUCGCAGUUUCAGCAGGACAAGUUGGGUUCUUCUUUUUAGAUGCACCAGGUGGAACUGGCAAGACAUUCCUUAUUUCGCUAAUUCUCGCUGAAAUACGAUCAAAUAAUGGCAUUGCAUUGGCCGUUGCAUSAUCGGGCAUUGCGGCAACYUUAUUAGGUGGAGGCAGAACAGCUUAUUCACUAAAAAUAAAUAUGCGCGUUCAAAUGCUUCAAGAUCCAUCCGCUGAAACAUUUUCAAAACAACUCUURGAUAUCGGCGAUGGAAAAGUCACUAUAGAUGAAACUGAAUGCGUAAAAUUACCGACUGAUUUCUGCACAAUCAUUGAAUCGCAARAUGCUCUCAUUGAACAAAUAUUUUCCAAAUUAUURCCAGGGGACUUGGUAUCAUAUAAAUCUAUUGAUACAGUUUGCGAUGCCACUGAAGCUGUAAAUUUUCUAACAGAGUUUUGGAACUCACUGGAUUUGCCAGGCAUGCCACGGCAUAACUUACAAUUGAAGGUUGGAUCUCCAAUUAUUUUUCUUCGUAAUUUGAACCCGCUACGGCUGUGCAACGGUACGCGAUUAGUCAUUAAUAAAUUAAUGAAAAACGUUAUCGAAGCUACCAUUUUAAAUGAUGUGCCAAUUCAAUUUAAGCGUAUUCAAUUUCCGAUUAGAUUGGAAUUUGCAGUAACUAUUAAUAUAUCCCAAGGCCAAACAAUGUCUGUUUGUGGCUUAGAUUUGAGCACACUAUGUUUUUCACACGGACAAUUAUAA